UUGUAGAGCUACAGCAGUGGGCGGGGAGGGGCGGUUGUUGUGGGGAAGUAAGCUCAAGCUGCAGCGGGCAGUGCUACACCCUGGGGCCUGCUGCUGCUGCUGUGCUGUGGCUGCUGGUGCAGGCAGCGCACUCCACUUUUCUAGGGGGGGCUCAUUCAAGGCGCCCUGUUGCUCAUUAAGCAGCUGCAGGGGCCCUACUCUCGCCUUUGUCUCUCUCUUCUCUCCCGGGAGUUCCUGCGGUGGAGCGUGGGGAAGGAACCCGAGGAGAGUCCGGAAGCAUUGCGCCGAGAGCAAAUCCAGCUGCACUGUUGCAGUCGCUCAGCGUCCCAGCUCAAAGUCCGUUCUGCCGCAAUGGGCUUGAGGAUUGGGAAUUCCGUGGGAAGUCGGUUGUGUGAGCUGGACAGUGGAGUGUAAAGAAAUAGAGUGGAGUGGAUUGGGAGUGGAAUUUUAGUAUUUUGGGUGGAGUGGCGUCGAGAGAUUGGUGGAGCGCAGCAGUGGUCGAUGUGAGCGAGGAUCAGGGUUGAUAUGGUGUCGGUGUGGAGAGUGAAGGUCUCUGUUGCCUGAGCACCAGCUCACCGGGGCACACGAAUUGGUAGCUCUCUCGUUCUAGCAAUUCGUCGAUGUUCGGUUGAAGAUGGUUCAGCACGGCUUUCUACAUGCGAGGAUGAACUCCACCACAGCCGGCUUGUUGCAGCCUCCGAAUUUCUCUAGCAUCUGCUCUCCGAGCUCAAAGAUCUCGUGCUCGCUCGAAUUGGAAGAGUCUCGGAUGUCCGUCGUUACUACUGCAGGCCUUCUCCUCUGAAAAAAGUUAAAAUCCUUAUAGAUAGAGAGAUAGAGAGAUAGAGAGAGAUAGAAGGAGAGAUGGGUGGCAGAAGCAUUUGAUACGGCUGAUGAUUUCUCUGCAAUUAGUACAGGAGUAAGCGGAGCCGGAAAGUGUUGUUGGACAAGAUGACCGGGAUAAGCACCCCCAGGAUCUUCCACCAUCACAGAAGGCCCUCAUGGCCUCUCAACGACUUUGUACAUAAACCGACUCUGGCAAUGUUGGAGUCGGACCCCGGUGCUCCCCCGAAGAAAGCAUGGAGGCGCAAGUUGAACUGCACGGCUGGUUUUCUGAAAGAAUUCAGUGUGACUUUCAUGGAAGCCAUCAAAAUGAUUGGACUCGGUUUGCGACUUUUGGCUUACGUGAGAUCAGAGCGCGCACAAGGAAGGGUGCCUCCGAUCGAUCCCUACAACAAGGGUUCCACCAGGCCUUCUGCUUGCCAUGGAGUGCCCAUGGGUGGGAUGGGGGGAGGAAGUAUUGGCCGAGGAUUCAGAGGCGAAUUCAGGAGGUGGCAGAUUAUACCUGGGCUCUGUGAAGAAGCUCCGCAGCUUGCCAAUCAGUUUUCGGUGUUCAUAAAUCGCGAGAAGGAUAAUGGAGUGAAAAAGCAAAUUUCUUCGGUCCUAACACCUGGUCGACCCGCUGAAAUUGUGAAUAAAGAGGAUGACGUCGGUAUUUCGAACUGGGACUGGAAUCUUGAUGGUCAACAUUCUACGUACCACGCUCUCUUCCCUAGAGCUUGGACAAUCUAUGAUGGUGAACCUGACCCAGAUUUGAGAAUCUCAUGUCGUCAAAUCUCCCCUUUUAUUCCUCAUAAUUACCAGGAGAGUAGCUACCCAACAUGUGUAUUCGCUUACACGCUCGUCAACGCUGGAAAGGAGACUGCGAAUGUGGACUUGAUGUUUACUUGGGCGAACUCUAUUGGUGGGACUUCGGGGCUCACCGGGGGACACUUCAAUGAGGCGUUUGAGGAGGAAGAUGGAGUUAGUGGUGUUCGGCUCCAUCACAAGACGAAAGGAAAUCCAUCUGUUACGUAUGCGAUUGCUGCCCGUCAAGUUCCUGGAGUCACUGUGUCUGUCUGCCCCAACUUCUCUCUUACAGAUAAAGGAGGAGAUUACACUGCCAAGGAUAUGUGGAUGGAAAUGAAGCGGAAUGGUAAUUUCAGCCAGUCAAACUUGGCGCGGCCUCUGGUUACUUCACUUAAGGGGGAAGAAAUCGGUGCAGCUGUCGCAGCUCACGUUGUGAUCCCACCGGGAGAGAAGAGGAACGUCGUAUUUUCUCUAGCUUGGGAUGCCCCUGUUGUCAAAUUUAUGAAAGGCCGUUCAUACCACAGACGGUACACACAGUUUUAUGGCACAUCUGGAAAUGCAGCCUCAAAAAUUGCUCACGAUGCAUUACUUGGCUAUCGUAAGUGGGAGAUGGAUAUUGACGGCUGGCAACGACCGAUUCUCCGGGACGAGAAGCUGCCCGAAUGGUAUCGAAUCACCUUGUUCAACGAGUUAUAUUACCUUGUUGCUGGAGGCACUAUUUGGACAGAUGGGAACCCUUCUCUGCAGGGAAGGGGAAAUCUGUCAGCCCCGGGUUCCCCAGAGUCGUUGUUAUCAACAGGUGGAGCGUCGGAGACGAAUAGUGAUGAUGAGAGCGUGUACGGAAUGGCCCGAGGACCAAGUGAUUUGAGAUCUCAGUCAUUUGGUCGAGAACAACCUGUAGGGAGGAAUGACGCUGUGGGUGAGAAGAGCUUUCGUUAUGUAGGAGUUUCUGAGUACGGUGAUGGACUUGAUUUCAGUCCAGAGAGAUCGAACAAUAAUACGAGGCCAGACGACGAAGGAACAGAGAUGGCUGUGAAAACUGAUGACACGUCUCGAGCACUUUUUGAAGCUAUGAAGCCGCGGUUACCCACCGACCCCUCUGGAAACAUAAACUAUCCCACGAGUGGGAUAUCUCUUCUCCAAGAAGGUGAGGAGAACUAUGGGCAGUUCCUCUACCUUGAAGGAGUAGAGUACGUGAUGUGGAACACUUACGACGUUCACUUCUACGCUUCCUUCGCGCUCCUUUCGCUGUUCCCCAAACUCGAGCUCGCUAUUCAGAGAGACUUCGCGGCAGCGUGUCUGUCACAUAGUGAGGAGAAAGUAAAGUUCUUGGCGGAAGGUAAAUCGGGUAUCAAGAAGGUAUUCGGUUCGGUGCCACAUGAUUUGGGUACCCACGAUCCAUGGGUAGAAGUGAACGCGUACAAUAUUCACGACACGAGCAAGUGGAAGGACCUCAACACCAAGUUUGUUUUACAGGUGUAUAGGGACGUCGUCGCUACGGGAGACAAGAACUUUGCACGAGCUUGUUGGCCAGCUGUGUUUGCAGCCAUGGCCUACAUGGACCAGUUCGACAGGGAUAAGGAUGGGCUGAUAGAAAAUGAUGGCUUCCCAGACCAAACUUAUGAUACAUGGUCCGUACAUGGUGUCAGUGCCUAUUGUGGCGGUCUGUGGGUAGCUGCUUUGCAAGCAGCAGCCAGUAUGGCCGAAAUUUGCGACGAUCCUAAGACAGCUGAGUACUUCCGUACAAAAUUCGUUCAGGCAAGGGAUAUGUACGAGAAGAAGCUGUGGAACGGCUCGUACUUCAACUAUGACAGUGGAAACAGCAGUAACAGCAAUUCCAUACAGGCGGAUCAAUUGGCAGGACAGUGGUAUGCGUGGGCCUCCGGCUUACCUCCGCUGUUCGAUGACUUCAAAGCCCGAAGUGCCUUGAAGAAAGUUUACGACUUUAACGUGAUGAAAGUAAAAGGAGGAAGAAUGGGUGCAGUGAAUGGAAUGCACCCAGAUGGACGUGUAGACGAAACAUGCAUGCAAUCUCGGGAAAUAUGGACCGGAGUAACCUAUGCAGCUGCAGCUGCUAUGAUUCACGAGGGUAUGGUUGACCAGGCCUUUACUACAGCAGAGGGAGUCUUCAUCGGUGGCUGGUCAGACUAUGGAUACUGGUUCCAAACACCGGAGGCUUGGAGUAUGACUGGAGCUUAUCGAUCGCUGACUUACAUGCGGCCUCUUUCGAUAUGGGCAAUGCAAUGGGCCCUCUACCCUCCAAAAUUGUCGUUGCGGUCAGCAAAGUCUGAUGUGGCUGAACAAAGCGGGAGCUCAAACACGCCCCCUAGCCAUCCCCGGGAUCUAGUCUGGAAGUCCGAGGUCCACAUGAGAGACGUAUACCCUGUUUAGCAGCAGCGCUUUGGUGCGUGCCUCUCUGUGUUGGAUCCUUUUUGGCUCUUGAUUUUUGUAUUUUUGUUCUUCUCGUUGUCCAUCAAUUGAUCAGAUGGUUGGAAUACUUUGAGCGUUGAAGUGGAGAUGGGAAACGCCAUUUGACUCUUCCUUCUUAAUACCCGGGGGAACGGGCUUCAUUCAUGAGAGGGAUUAGAAGGGAGCAAUUCUUUGUAAAUCAUUAGCACUUAGUCUGUCAAAAUUGGCUGUAUAUAUGUACCAUUAGUCUUAGUGUCGUACAACAGGUUAUGAGACGUGUAUUACAUUGUUAGUUGCGCAAUUUUAAUCUAUUUGUCUAGACCUUGUAAGAACCUCGUGUUCACCUGCAAUUUGAUAGGCAUGACAUCAGAUUUUUUUGUUGAUUAGCAAACAUGUUCCAGAAUUGUCGGAGCUUGGAAAAUUGGCCAAGAGCUAUUUUAAUCUC